AUGGCAAAAGAUGGACCCUUGACGCAUGGCCACAAAGGAGCUGUCCAGUCCCGAAAUUUCGCCUUGGCGAGCAUGUUCGGCGUUAUAACUGGGGCGUGGCUGAUGUUCCGUGCGCUUGCGCCCAAGCAUGGGAGAUCUCUGGUUUCCGACGAGGAGCGGGCGGCUAUGCAGGGUGGUCACGGUGACAAGUUCCCUGAGGGAAACAGGAGGGGGUUCGUGCCUGAGGAUAUAAGGAAGAAAUAG